AUGAAGUUCUUCUCCAUCGCACUACUCGCCAGCGCGGCCCUGCCUGGAGUCCUUAGCUUUUGCUGCAGUGGUCCUCAGUGUGCCGAUGGUACCGGCGGGACGCCUUGCUGUGCUACCCAGAGCUGCAACAUUUUCUGCUGUGCUUGUGGCGGACACUGUCGCGGCACUUCGUCCAAGCGCGAGCUCCUAGCCUUCGAUCCCCGCGUUGAUGAGUCCAUGGCGGCGUUCGAGGCUGCUGACAAGAGCGGAAAUGGCAAUUUGACUCUCGAUGAUUAUCUUGAGUACAUGUCUGUUCCUGACAGCAAGAAAGAUAUGUGGACUCAGUGGUUCGACAAGCAUGACAAAAACGGCGAUGGCAUCAUCACUGCCGAUGAGAUCAGCAACAACUAG